AGGGCCGGACUCGAAAAGAUCAGCCUUUGCGAAUCGCUCAGCUAGUGCACUGGUUCUGGGUAGAGGUGUUGGCGAUGGGCAGGAUGACGAAGAGAAGAAGGCAAACUUUUCAAGUAAUCACGAUCGAGAUAGACGUCGUGGACAUCCACCACAUCAUCAUCGUCGACACAGUCUUGACCACGAUAACCUUCAUUCGCCGAAGUCUCGUAUGGAUUUUGUCGGGGAUGUCGUUGAGCAUAUGCGCGCUGCGGGUGUUCCGGAGAACAUCUUUACGCGGGUGCUAGGUGACCGUUCACAGGAUAGAACAUCAUCUGCUGCGGUUCUUGGUUCCUCGGCUGGAGUUGGAGGAGCAUCACAGGAUAUCAACAACUCCUCUUCUGUUCCUGCUACAACUACUUCUACAGCUCACAGGGAUAAGGAACACCAGCACGACCAUGACCAGAAGCUGCGAGUGCUUUAUCCAUUGAAGAAGAACCGGAUUGGCAGAAGCCUAGUAGAUACCUCUGUUGAGCCAACAUUAAGAUUGAGUAUUAAGGAUCGUAAUAAACCUCCGGGAAGUAGUGGAAGUGAUGGAGGUGCUUACCAACCACCUGUGUUGCCUGGUGAAUCAGAGGGCGUUGAAGAUCGAUUCGGAGAGCCGCCAUCUUGGAUGAAGAACGAGAAACAGGACGAAACAGGGCAGAUGAAGGGGCAUCUACAACCUUUCUUGAGACACAGUAGCAGCGCUGCUGCUGCGUCCGGUACAAGUAGACCCAGCUUCUCAAAAAUUCUGACGUCCUCUAGUGCAAGUAGCGCAUCUACUCUCCGAUCGUCCGUGGAAGACUCCGACAUGCUUUCCAUCAUUUCCGGUGUUGCGGGCGGGAUCGAUAUUACAGGCGGCGACGGACUGAAUGAGGACCGCGUCAGCAACACCUUGUUCGGACAAGUGAAACUGUACAUGUUUCAGCACUCGGUCUACGUAGUCUUUGUGAUUUUCUUCGUGCUGACAAUCGAGACUAGCCACAGCAAUCUGAGCUAUGCAGGCUUUGCCGAUAAUGACAGUGCUCUGGCCUACAAGGAUCGUAGCAUGCUUGAUGUGGACAGGCAGUACAUCUUGAGUCCAGGAAGUGGUGGUGGUUCUUCAAGUUCCUCGACGUCGACAGCUACAUCGUCUUCAGGAUCUUCAUCUUCUAGUGUUGACCACCAGUAUCACCUAACUCCUGUAAUAUCAGUAGUUGGAUCAAAUUGUUCCAAUAAUGACAAUUUUUAUCCAGAUGAUCAUGAUGAUGCCAAAUCUUCCCAAGCAGCUGCACUCAAAGCCCUACUAGGUGGGUCGGAUGCUAGCGCAACUCUCUCCUCGUUUGACUACAUCAUUCGCGGAAAUGGCGGCUCCGCUUUCAACCCUCAAGUGGAUGAUCGGCAUGGUGAUUAUAUCGAGAAGACAGGAGUGGACGUGGACGUGGAUCAUCUGCCUGAGUCUUCGGAUGCGUCAGUCUUUGCAGCAUUGUGGCAUGACCUAUUUUAUGAGAGAAAAUAGUAAUAUACGAAGCGAAAAUGUGUUAUCAUUCUCACACUCUUCUACUUACUUAAGAAACUUGAUAAUGAUAAUAGAUUUUCGUUUCAUAUAAUAGUGCACUCACACUCAGAAAAAGUGGAGGCUAUUUUCCUACUGAAAUCGUAGCCAAUUUCUUGAGCGUGAGUGCACUUUUUCGUUUCAUAUAUUUGGGUAUGAUCAUACUGAUACGCAGCAGGAAAAAGAAGAUGUUAUCGAGGAACAACGAGAAAAAACCACAGGAGACGAGGGCAGUGAAGAUGCUGCCCCACCAGGAGAGCAGGUGAUGAAGACACUGGUAAUAGACACAUCGACGAGUUACGGAGAGCCGCCAGCCGGGAACAGCAUUCCGUUUUUCAAUUAUGAACACCAACAAUGAUAGCACUUCACUUCUCCAUUCGUUAUUGUUUCUUCCCUAUGAUCAUGAUGAUCAUGUGUAACUGUAUCUCUAACUAUGUAUCGGAAGAAAAAUGUAAGACUAUGUGAGUGUGAGACUCAUGCCAUGCCAAGACAAGCGGUAUUGUCACUCAUUUCACAUUCACUCUCAUCUCCAUCGCCUCCUGCUUCUCUUCCUUCUCUAACCCCAACUCGUGUACGAGAUCGUUGCUGCUUACGGUAUGGUCGGUUUCUCUCUCGGUGGCGGUCGGUUAGUGCAGGUAGAAGCCAUCCAACUUCCAAAUGGUGAGCUCCGACGUUUGGUCCUGUACGCUGACAACCCCAGCAGCUACGUGGCGUCUUGGUCCGCUGGCAGCAAACUUUUGCUGUGCUUCGUCAUGCUGCUGGGGAAGCUGAGAGGACUGCCGGAAAGCAUCGAUCCAAGUGUGGCGAUUGUGAUGGAUUGAACACGGAUUUUUUGAAGAUACUUACAGUCUUAGAUAGAAGUAGUGACGAGGAAAGUUGUGAUCUUCGAAAUUAACUAGGGCUUUUUUGUGUUCCACUUCCACUAGGGCGUUUGAGUUCUCGUUUUACUACCCAUAGCAGCGGUACUUGUAGUAUCAAAAUCUGACUUAUUCUUAAUGGGCUAACAACACAUUUUUUUCACUUUGUAGCGUGUCAGUUUCUGAACACUUUUCUGCAUCAACACACCAGAUGCAGAUGCACCAGAUGACGCGAUAAUCAUAAUAUUCAAUCGUAGACGAGGCUUAUUAAGAUAUCGGUAAUCGCUAUCGCAAUGCAAAUUUUUUCUUAACCAGAUUAAAUAGCAGAGCACUCCUUUGCACUUGGUGGAAGGCAGAGACAACGAAAAUCAUCCUGCAAAUGCACAGAUAUUAGGACUAGCUUAGAUCAACUUACUUGAAUGUACAUUUGUAGGGUAUUGAAUCGGGCUUUGCAUGUUCUUGCAUCCAUACCGCUCUGAUCGUCCUACAAUCAAUACCGUCAUUGUGUCUGCUCAUCCGUAGUAAAGACCUUGAUCUUGUAUCGGAUAGUCGUGGCUUGGGCAGUGGUGCACAGGAUAUCUUGUAUAGAAUGAUAAUGAGCUGAUUGCUUCAUAGUUUUCCUUCUCCUGAACUACCUACUCAAAAAAAUGAACUUCGUUCCCUGAAGCUUUCACGUCACACUUGUUGUGGUCGUGCCUCCAUCGCCUGUUUGAAAUCGAAGACAGUUGAAGGCCACAAAGACUGCAACGCUUUCGAAAAUUAAAACUGUUUCUGUUCCAGGGAGGCACAAAAUCAAAAACUCCG